AUGCAGGUGUCCGUUGAGAAGGAGCUACCGAGAGCUUCAGUAUCUCGUCGAGUCCUACGAACUCCUCCCCGGUCUACUCGAGGAAAGCCUACUAUUUCAUACGCAGAACCAUCGACCGACAGUGAUGACGAUUUAGAGGAGGAAGAGAACGGCAAUGCUGCGGAACAACCACAUAGAGAUACCUCUCGCACUCCUCGCACGAGGGUCCCUCGAACAUCCACUCGAAACCCGCCGCCAUCUCGCUCUGCGAACAGUAAGACACAUGUAGCUACUACAAAAAGCACCCGGCAGAAGCCGGUUAUCUCAUACGCGGAAGCUUCGACCGACACCGAAUCAGAAGAGGAGGAAGAUGAGGGCGAAGACAAUGAACAAUCGCAUAAUUCCUCCUUUCAUACGCCUCGUUCAAGACUCCCUCGGAAUGCUUCAGGCUCUCGUGCUUCUACCAAGCGACUCCUUUCUAGAUCCCCUGAGUCGAUGCCAAAACGAAGGAAACAAAAACGGUCAAUCUCUUUCAGGAGGUCUAUAGUCCAAUCGCCAUCUAUCAUUUCCGCAGAGGAUUCUGGAAACAUCCCGCCAUGGCAGACUUUACCCUACCAUGUUCUCGUUCAAAUAUUCGAAUACGCUACGUACCCAUUGUACGAGGAACGAACUUUUCAACCUCUUCCAUCCGGGAGAUGGCUCUUGGAUGUCGCAUAUCUCUGUCGGGGAUUUGCCGAGCCAGCUUUUACAGUUUUAUACAACUCACCUCCUCUUGUUCCCAUGGAUAAAGCCCAUCGACUCGUUGAAUUACUCAAAUCUGACCCUGCAUCUGUGACUUUUGGUUAUAGGCAGAAGGUUGUCAAUCUUCGAAUUGAAGUCAGACAAGUCGCUUGCUAUUCUUUACCUGGAAGUGGACUUUUGGAUUUGUAUGGCUUAAUAAGAGACUUACCGAGAUUGGCGGAUCUAGAGUUCUUCGACGAAAAAGAUUCGAAACCAUUCAAACAACUUGACGAACCGAUCAGAUGGGAAUAUCCAGCGGCUGUCUUUGAAGCACUCGAGCAUGUUGAACCGGUGGCAGAUUCCACUAAAGGCGAUAAAACCAGCCUGUGCAAGUUAAGGAGUUGGCGCUGGUCAUCCAGGCUAGGUGGUAAGAGGUGGCCUAUCGAGAGAAUGCGCGAGAUACACCUUAAACCAUCCUUCAUCGACUUAAAAAAGGUUGCGUUUGUCAAUUACCAAAUCCGUCACCCUAAAAAAGGCGAGGAUGAUCCAAUGCUUGAAGAAAUACUUGCCGAAUCGCUGUCCGUCCUGGAGAACCUGGAACACUUAAUAUUUGAAUCCUCAACGCUACUUAAUGCGAAACUGAUGCCCCUCUUGCCGUCAAACUUGCGUAAUCUAGAAAUUACUAAUUGCUGGGAGGUUACCGCUGAAAUGCUUGGGGAAUAUCUCGUGACCCGUGGCAGACAAAUUCGUUGUCUCACGCUCAAUCAUAACUCGGCCUUGAGUUUAGCAUUCCUCCCUUCACUGGGCACAGCAUGUCCAUAUCUAGAAGCUUUGAGAAUGGACCUGCAAUAUUUCGAUGCACAUGUUUCCUACCAUAAUUCCGAGCCGGACUACGACCAAUUACUCAAAAGUGAUCAAAUCCCAGUGUGGCCACCCACACUCCAAACUCUUGAGCUUGUUAAUCUACGUAAAUGGGAUCAAGAAGCUGCAGAGAUGUUCUUUCAAAGUUUGCUAGAUAGUGCAGGCGAACUUCCAGAUCUCAGAGUUUUGAUUCUACAGGCGAGCAUUAAUACUGGUUGGCGAGAUCGGGCUAGUUUCAGAGACAAAUGGAUUGGAACUUUGGGGCACGUCUUCAAAAGAAUCUGUGAUCCUCCAAAGCACUUCACAAAAGCUUCGGAAUUGCCAGAAGCCAAACCUUCCAAAUUAGAAUCGGAUCCUCAGCAUAAUGAACAGAGCCCUGCGAAGAACAAAAAGGUUCAACCAAAAGGAAAUUCCCUACCAAUUCGCCAGAGCACGCGGGCCAAACGUACAACAAACUACGCCGAAAGCCCGGAUAAUUCUAACGAUGAAGAUGAUGAGGAUGAUGAAGAUGAUGAUAAGGAGGAUGAGGAGGAUGAGGAAGUCGACGAUAUGAAAUCGUCCUCUCCUCGUCCCUCUAAAUCAAAACUGUCGGACCGCGAACUCGCUCAAAAUCGUCGUGCUUCGCGGGAGGUUCGAAUGUUAAAGAUUACGGCGGGUAUUGAUGGGUUUCCUUCUUCGCCGCCCCAAACUCCUGGCUCGGGAGAGGAAGAUAUGGAUGACGCGAGCAGUGUAAGUGAGAGUGAAAAUGGGAACCAGCAUGCUGGAGGAAGAGGAAAGAAGAAACAAAAGCAAAAUCUCGUUAUUCAAGGAAUGUGUGAAGUUGUGAAUAUUAUAAUCGACAAUAAGAGACCGGCAGAAACGCAGUUUGGCGAGGCAGACUUUUUGGACAGUGAGCCUGAAGGUGAUGAUGAUUGGGAUGGGGAUGAUGGAUUAGUGGAGGGGGGAUUGGCUUGGUGA